AUGUUUCCCGACACGCGAUACCUACGAGAAAUACUUUCGCGAAUCACCGCCGGUGUCACCAUUGACGCCUUUCUUAUCACGAAGCGCACUUCUACAAUCGCCUCAUCCUCUAACACGCACACCCUAUCAGUCGACGGCCUCCGCGGCUUCGCUGCCUGCACGGUCCUCAUCUCCCACCACGUUACGAACUGGUAUUACCACCUCCGUCUCGGCUACCACUCCACGCCCACCCUCUCCCAGCACGCGCCCUUCCCGCCCACCAACUCCGACUCCCUGUGGCAGUUACCGAUCAUCAGACUGCUCUACUCAGGCAGGGCAGCCGUGGCGAUCUUCUUCGUCAUUUCAGGCUUUGCUCUAUCCUACAAACCACUGAAACUCAUCCGUCACCACCGCGCGAUUAAAUCCGGACUGGUCGCCAGGAUCGAUCCGGGAGAUUCAGCCGAGCGCGCAAGAGGCAAUGUUCUCGCUGUGAUGGGGAGCUCCCUCCUCCGACGAGGCAUCAGACUGUUCGUGCCGGUGGUGGCUGGGACCUUCAUUGCAGCCAUCCUGGCUUAUCUGGACGCCUUCACGCCGACGCCGCUCCGCAACGAAGUCGUCCCUGCUCACUUCCCGACCCUCUCCCUCCAGCUCCGAGACUGGUGGUCGGAUUUUGCGGAAUUGGUGUUCCCGUUCAGGGAGUUGAAUCCGAAUCAUCUCAAGAUCUCGCGGUACAAUGGGCAUUUGUGGACGAUCCCGCUGGAGUUCUACGGGAGUAUGGCUGUCUUCUUGGGUGUGCUAGGGCUGAGCGGUGCGAUGCCGCUUGUGAGGAUGGGGCUACUGUUGGGGGUGGGUGCGUGGGGUUUAGUCAGUGGACGGUGGGAUGUGUGGUUGUUCUUGACGGGGGUGGUUAUUGCCGAGUGGAGUUUGAUUCUCGAGGAGGGAGAAUCCCACGAGGAAGCGGGCGUUGAAGUUGAGGUUGAAGUCGAGAUAUGCGACGAAGUAAGAAGGGCGAGUUGGGGAAGAUGGGCCGAUGUUUGGCAGGACAGUCUCCCCUUUCCGUCCCAGUUGCCUUUGCCGAGACGCGAGAGCCAACAACAUCAACAACAUCAACAACAACAACAUCAACAAGAACACCGCCCGCUAUCCCGCAUCUCAAGCAAACUCCUCCUCGCAGCCCAACAACACGUCAGCUCUCCAAUCCCCAGCUCCCCCAAACCCUUCAUCUCUAUCCUCAACCUCACCGUCCUCCUCCUCUCCCUCUACAUCCUCUCCUACCCAGGCGAGUCCCCGACCCCAGGCCCCUACCACGCGCCCCUCCUCCCCUGGACGCCCCCGCUCUGGGACUCCCUCUUCCUCGGCCGCGAGCACUACUGGCACGCCCUCUCGGCGCCGCUUCUCCUCCUCGCGCUCGCCAACUCCCGCGCCUGCCAGCGGCCCUUCACCAGCAGCCUGGCCCAGUACCUGGGCAGCAUCUCCUACUCCCUGUACAUCACCCACGGCCUGGUCCUGUUCACGCUGGGCACCGGCCUGCAGGAGCGCUGGACCGGCCAGGUUGGCGUGCAGACGUGGAAGGAUAACGGCUUCGGGGCGCUGAUGGAGACGCAGGCGCGCCCGGACAUGGGGCCGCUUGGCACGGAGACGUACAGCCACGCCUUUGCCGUGACGAGCUGCGUGUGUGGGGUGCUGUGCGUAUGGGCGGCGGAUGUCUUCUGGAGGGGUGUUGAUGGGCGGGUGGUGCUAUGGGGGCGGAAGAUUGAAAGGCUGUUGUCUUGA